AUGAAGAAGAUUGUGAAAGCGGCGAGCAACAACAUGGUGAGAAGUGAGUCUGACGUCAACUGGUUUCUCCAGUACGAAAGCAUCCGUGUUGGAAGACCUUCCAAGACGGAGGAUAUGAUCGUGCAGGAAACCAACCCUCACAUGUGCCGCCUCCGGGACCUUACGUAUGCAGCUCCGAUCUACGUGGAUGUGGUUUACUGGAAGGGCGACCGCAAGGUCCGUAAGCGAGACUUGGAAAUUGGGAUGCUGCCUGUCAUGCUGCGGAGCAAUCUCUGCCCUUUGAGCCUUGCCAAGACCGAUGAAGACGUCAUUGCACUGGGAGAGUGCCCUUUGGAUCCCGGAGGAUACUUCAUCGUCAAGGGUGUGGAGAGAGUUCUCAUGAUGCAGGAGCAGUCCUUGAUGAAUCGCAUCGUUGUCGAGUACGACUCCAAGAAGCUGCUGCAAGCUUUUGUCACCUCCUCAAGUGAGGAUACAAAGAGCCGAACUGUUGUUGUGGCAAAUCCGUUGGCGCGGAAGAAGGGUCUGUACAUGAAGAACUCAGCCUUUGCUGACUUGAUCCCGAUUUCAAUUGUGAUGAAGGCUAUGGGGGCUCAGAGCGACAUGGAAAUCAUCCAGAUGGUGGGGAUUCAGCGCAAGUACCUGGACACGUUGAUGAUAUCUCUGCAGGAAUGCCACGAGAAGAAUGUGUUUUCGCAGAAGGCUGCACUGGACUUCCUGUCGACGAAGAUCAAAAUCAAGCCAGGACAAGAGCGCAGGAAGCAAGACCCCAUGGAUAUCAUCAAGCGACAGGUGUUAUCCCACAUUGAAUGCCCGAACAAUAAUUUGGCUCCAAAGAUUCGCUACUUUGGGCUGAUGAUCCGCCGGGUGAUCAAUGCAAUGUAUGAUGGGAGACUGGUGGAUGAUCGGGACUAUUAUGGCAACAAGCGCUUAGAGCUUUCUGGGCAGCUUAUCGAGGUGCUGUUCGAGGACCAGUUCAAGUUCAUGAAUAUGGAGCUGCAAAAGCAAGCAGACUUACUUCUGUCCAAAUGGCAUCAAUCCUCAGCUGCUCGCGUGAAAGAUAUGUCGUCGUAUCCAGACAUUCUGGACUCGUGGCAGGACCGCUCGAAGCUCACCCGGGCGAUGGCAAACGCGAUCUCCACGGGCAACUGGAAUAUCAAGCGAUUUCGCAUCGACCGUGCCGGCGUGUCCCAGGUACUGUCUAGAUUCUCAUAUAUGUCUUGCGUUGGAUCGAUGAUGAGAGUGAAAUCCCAGUUUGAGAAGAGUCGCAAAGUAGCUGGUCCUCGAGCUUUGCAGCCUUCGCAGUGGGGAAUGAUCUGCCCAGCAGACACACCAGAAGGUGAGCAAUGCGGUCUCGUAAAGCACCUUGCGCUGCUGACGCACGUCACAACCGGGGAGAGUCAGCGUGGAUCUCUGAGACAGAUGUGCUACUGCCUGGGGGUCGAGGAUGCUCUUAUGAUGUCUGGUGAAGAAUUGCAUCACAUUGGCAACUACUUGGUCUUCCUCAAUGGCAGUCUGCUCGGAAUUCAUCGCAGACCCAAGCGUUUUAUGGCCAGCUUGCAACAGUUGCGGCGACGUGGCCUCAUUGGUGAGUUCGUGUCCAUCUACGAAGAUGAAGGUUGGCAUGCAAUCUUCGUCGCAUCCGAUGGUGGCCGUCUGUGCCGUCCACUGAUCAUCGUCGCAGACUGCAAGCCGCGCUUCAUUCCAGAAAAGCAUGUGCCGCUGAUGCUGAAGUCAAAAGCAGAUGGCGGCAUGAAGUUCGAGGACUUCCUGAAGCAGGGCGUGCUGGAGUGGGUAGAUGUCAACGAGGAGAACAAUUUGUUUAUCGCUCUGCACCCUGAUGAGAUAACGCCCGAAACGACGCACCUCGAGAUAGAGCCCUUCACUCUACUAGGUGUGGUGUCCGGCCUCAUUCCGUACCCGAACCACAACCAAUCUCCGCGCAACACCUACGAAUGCGCAAUGGGAAAGCAAGCGAUGGGUUGCAUCGCGAUGAACCAGUUUACACGCAGUGACACGCUGCUGCUGGGCUUGGUCUAUCCGGAGAAGCCGCUGUGCACCAGCAAGACAUUGAACUUGGUGAACUUUCACCACCUUGGUGCUGGGCAGAACGCGUCAGUUGCAGUCAUGAGUUACAGCGGUUAUGAUAUCGAGGACGCUAUCAUCAUGAACCGCGCUGCAUUGGACCGCGGUUUCGGCAGGUGUUUCGUGAUGCGACGUCAAGGAGCCCUGGCCUUGGCAGAGGUGCAGACCAAUGUGGAGACCGCCGAGUAUGGAGAUGAGUCGCCGCAUCCCAUUCAGGAGUCCGCUCUUCCCCCAGCGUGGCGCACCGUCUACUCCGGUGAGAGGUUCAAGGUCUCCACUCUCUUCCCUCCUUUAUCUUGGGUGCCUCGUUACAUCCGCUCCAUGAAAGGCAACCCGACAGCAUCUGAUCAGGAGGCUGUGGGUGAGCUGCCAUACUCCCCGAAGGGUGACUUCAUUGCAGGGCUCACGGUGGGUUUGAUGCUGGUGCCUCAGUGCUUGGCCUUCGCUUUGCUUGCCGGGCUCCCCGUCAGGGCUGGCCUCUAUUCGUCCUUCGCUCCUCUUGUUCUCUAUUCCAUGCUGGGCACUCUUCGCCAAUUGCAAGUCGGGCCGACGGCUUUGAUUAGCCUGCUGACUGGGCAGGCUUUGGAUUCGGUGGGUUUGCUUGGAGAAGGCGGACAUGCAGCUGAGGCAGCCCGCAUGGCUGGAGCCACUCAGCUGGCCUUGCUUGUAGGCUUGAUCAGCUUGGCGCUAGGCAUCUUACGCUUCGGCUUUGUGGUAGACUUCAUGUCGCAUUCCGUGAUGAGCUCUUUCUGCACGGCAUCCGGCGUCAUCAUCUCGACCUCGCAGCUGAAGCACGUGCUUGGCAUUUCCAUGAAACGCCACAAGCACUGGUGGGAGACAGCUGUUGAUCUGAUUCUGAAGUUGCCCGAGGCGGAUGGAGCCACAGCGGCUCUCGGUUUCACUUUGCUUGCUUUCCUCACCCUCAUGAAAGCAUGGAAGCAAGGCGGCAGUGCAGAGAAACGGAGCAAGCAUUGGCUCUGGCGCUUCUUUCCGAAGAGAAAGGAGCACGUGCCCUUCAAGAUCUUGAAGUUGUGCGCGGACUUGUCAUCGGUCCUCUGCGUGAUCUUUGGAUGGGUGUGGGGUCGAAUUUACCUCGCGGCGGGCGUUACAUCUGUGAGGCCCAUCGGCGACACAGAGAGCGAAGGCUUCAUCUUUGUCCUACCCACCUUCGAUCAGACCACCGUCGAUCUGAUCGUCCCCGCUGCAAUGAUCGCCAUCGUGGGGUUUUUGGAGACGAUUGCUGUAGGAGGCAAAAUGGGCAACGAGAAGCGCUACAGCUACGAUGCCAAUCAGGAGCUCCUAGCACUGGGAACUGCCAAUAUCGGUGGCGCCUUCAUGGCAGCUUUUCCUAUCACCGGCGGCUUCUCGCGUACCGCGGUGAACUCCAUGUUUGGCGCUAGCUCCCAGUUGGCCGGUGCUUUGACCUCCGUAGUCGUGAUCCUGGCUGCGUACCUUCUCAUGCCGGUGGUGGAGGUGCUGCCCUUGUCCGCUCUGGCACCUCUCAUUAUCCACGGCGCAAUUGGUGUCACCGACUUCAAAAACUUCAUUGCGACCUUCAAGGCCAACAAGCUCGACUUUGCGAUCAUGAUUCUCACCUUCGCGGUUUCACUCGGCAUCACUGUCAAAGAAGGCCUAGCUACGGGCGUUUGCUUGUCGAUCCUGAAGCUCACCUACGAGAUUGCCAUGCCCAACAUUGCAAUCUGCGGCCGGGUCGACGAUGGAACUUUUCGCGACUUGCGAUACUACCCGGAAGCAGCAAUGACCCCGAAGUGUGUCGUUCUACGAAUGGAUGCCAGCUUGAGCUUCGCGAACACCCGGAGACUGCAGGAGUUCAGCUUGCGUGCGAUGAACGUGGCUGCUGCUGCAGACCCCUCGGUGAGUUACCUGAUCCUCGAUUGUAAGUCGGUGAACGGCACGGACAUGACGGGCUGCGAGGCCAUCGAGAACCUGGCCAUCACCUUGGAGAAGCGGAAGAUGCACCUGCUCCUCGCGAACCUGAAGGCUCCCUUCACGAAGGCACUUUUUGCCGCCGGGGUGGACAAGCACCUCACCCACCACGGUGGCCACCUCUGCUGGAAUAUGGAGCAGGCCAUCGCCGUGGCAAAUGGCGGUGUAGAUCCGGAGUCUGCCCUGGAGUCUGUCAAAGACCUUCAUUCCCGAGUGCAGUCCAGUGUCCAAAUGGCGGCACAUGGUAACGGCACAACGGACUUGCUGGCUCCGCCGAUAGACAAGCACGGCAAGGCUGGUCAAAAGAAAGGCAGAAACGCAAAGCUCGCUGUUCUGGAUGAAGAUGGAAUGGUACGCCCCUCUGAGAAGGUGGAGGACGGCUUCCUUCUGGCAAACAAGAUCAGCCCCGUGGAGACCAAAGCCCUGCACGACCUAUCAACGGUGGACAUCAAGUACAAAGCCACACCGGUGAACUACAAGAAUCCGGUCUCCUCAUACAUCGAUCGUGUGCUCCUGACGACGGAUGCUGAGGGCAUGAAGGUCUACAAAAUCAUAACUCGUCAAACCCGCCGGCCUGAGGUGGGCGACAAAUUUGCCUCGCGGCACGGGCAGAAGGGCGUCAUUGGUCUCAUCGUGCCUGAACAAGAUUUGCCAUUUUCGGAAACGGGGUGGCGCCCCGAUCUCAUCAUGAAUCCGCAUGGCUUCCCUUCUCGGAUGACGGUGGGGAAGAUGUUGGAAUGUAUCGGGUCGAAGGCCGCUGUUCUGGAAGGCAUGUUUGCCAACGGUUCCGCAUUUGGGGGAACUCCUGCGCAGGAGAUCUACAGGACCCUGAUCAGCCACGGUUUCGCACCAACUGGUAAGGAGUACCUGACCAGUGGAAUUACAGGGGAGCCGAUUGAAUCCUACAUCUUCUGUGGCCCAAUCUACUACCAGAAGCUGAAGCACAUGGUCGUGGACAAGAUGCAUGCCCGCGCACGCGGGCCACGAAUGUUGCUCACCCGGCAGCCUACAGAAGGUCGUGCCAAAGAAGGAGGCUUGCGGCUGGGAGAGAUGGAAAGAGAUUGCCUGGUGGCCUACGGUGCAUCCAAUCUCUUGCUGGAGCGCCUCAUGCUUUCCAGUGACGUUUGCAAUCCAAAUGUUUGCAGAAAGUGUGGCCUCUUUUGCCGACCUGACUGGUGCAAGCUCUGCAGCAGCGCAGAGUGGGUGACCAACAUUCGUCUGCCAUAUGCUUGCAAACUGCUCUUUCAAGAGAUGCAAGCCAUGAAUGAGCCUCGGAUGUGUUGUGAGCCUUCCGAGGCAGGCAACAUGGUGACGGACUUCCUAGACACCAUUCCGAAGGCCAAGGAAAAGGUGAAGCCCAUCGACACUUUCCUCGAGACGAUGUCCAAGCAGAAGGCUGAUCAAUGCCGCCACGAGGACCUGAGAAGCUCAACCAGUCUGGCUGUGAGAAGCACAUGUGGAUGCCGGCUUUGGCAACUUGCGGCCUUCGUGGCCUCGUGUCAGCUCCUGCGUUGGCCGCAGGCAGCAUUUACUGGAAUACGGACGUCACCCCGACCGAAGCCAGCAGUGUCUCUGAAUGUGGCAGAUGAGGACAGGUGGCUGCCUCCGAAGAUCGCCGUGGAGGAUCUCGAGGUCGGGAUGGAGCUAAAAGGCGUGCGCGGCAAGUACGGGCUGAAUGGUGUUUUCAUUAACAUCGGCGCCCCUAAAGAUGCGUUUUUGCACACCAGCGAAUGGCGCGAUGGCUUCCCCGAAGAGCAGCCCUUCCUAUUGAAUGUGCCUAUUCCAGUUCGGAUCUUGAACAUCGAUGACGAGGGCAGGAUAUUCCUGACGUGCCGCACAGGACCAUUGGAGAGGCCACCGAUGUUCAAAAUACCCCAGAUUGAGGACUCAGAUAUAGAAGCCUUCGACGCGCUCAGCGAGAGCGACCCCAUAGAAGCGGAGGUGGUGCGCAUUGCAUUGUAUGGCGUGUUCGUCAAAGUGCAGGUCCCUGGCAGCCAAAUGGUGCAAGCUCUGCUGCAUAAGAACGAGAUGACGCCAGAGUUCAAGGAAACCGUGUCCCUUGGCAUGAAAGUGAAGGUUCACCUCUUGAAGAAGAACGAUUGGAGGCAGAAGAGGGUGAUCGGUGUUGCUUGCGCGGAGUAG